GGUUACGGGGGACUUGUUGGAUCAUCUAACUAGCUGGGAUGUUGGAACAUAAUCUAUUAUUGCAGUUUAAUGUAGACCAGUGUAUUUGGAAAAGUUGCACCAGUCCUCUAUCUAGACCAGUGUAUUUGGAUCUGCUGAACUGUAUGACUUUGAUGAUGAGAAGGGAGCUUUUGAUUCCCGUCGAUCUCUUUGUCCAAAUAAUCGGAUCAAUGUAAAAUGGAGAAAAUUGAUCUCUCCUGCUUCUUCUAGAUUAUGCAGAUUUGUCAUCCAUUCGCAGAACCGAUCCGAUGAUAGCAACUUCAGAACAGUUGGAUUUAAGAUGGAUGGAUGGGAUGGAAGUUGGAUCAAGUUGGUUGGGAGAAGCAUUUUUGGUUUUGCUGCUGCAGCUACCACUGUGAUUGCCAUCAGCUGCGAUUCCUUGGGCCUCGCGGAGUCUCUCAUCAUCGCUUUCCCUGCUUCUCGUGGAGGGCUUGAUCGGCCUCGUGAAUAGGAUUGAGAGGGCCUAUAUGGUCCUUGGCGACUACAGUGGCGACAACUCCUUGCUAACUCUUUGGGAAGCCCUUCCGUUCGUCGCUGUCAUCAGUGGACAGAAUUCUGCAAAAUCAUCGAUUUUGGAGAGCAUCGUCAAGCGGGAUUUUCUUCUUAGGGGAUCUGGGAUUGUCAUAUGUCAGCCAUUGGUUCUGCAGCUGCACAAGAUAGACAAAGGACAGAUGGAGUAUGUUGAGUUUCUUCACUCGCCAAAGAGGAGAUUUUUAGGUUUAGGAAACUUUGAAGAACAUAUUGGAAAUUGGAUAUCCAAGAGAUGACACUGGAUAUGAAAAUUCACCUCAAUCAGAGUAUAUUGACAUCCCCCAGUACAGGCGAGCAACACGUGUGUUUGCAGCAACCCUUACUCACCAACAGCUUUGAUUCUGUUCACUCAUCAUUACCUCCUAGCUUUGCCACACUACUGACAAGCUGUUCAACAGAAAAUUUGAAAGGUUAUGAUAUGCAGACAAGAAGUGUUGUAGUCCUGGCAUAUUGUUGUGUAGAUUUUCUUUUGUACAUUGUUCAAAAAGCUUGUGGCCUGACUGAAAGCCUGGUUGAGUUGACCUGUUCAAAAAGGUGGCAAAACAUUCCAAGUUGAUGAUUUACUUGGAGUAUUAGCAGUUUCAACCCAGCAAGUUUCUGGCUUGUUGAAAAUGAAGUGAAACUUUCAAUUUCUUCUGGGAAUUGCUAGCAUUUUGUUUGGUAUCAUCUUUUUGUUGAUUCCGUUAACUCCUUUACUGCUUCCAACACAAGGAAAACCCAACUGAAAUUGGUGAACGUUUGGCUUGUAUUUAGGGCUGUACAUGAACCGAGUUAGCUCGGUUAGCUCGCUCGACUCGACUCGAAAAAGCUCGAUUCGGCUUGGUUCGAAACUGAGUUCGAGCCGAGUCAAGCUGAUUUUUUGAGCUCGAAAAAAUUUCGAACCGAGUUCGAGCUUGCCUGAGCUCGACUCGACUUGGAUCGAACCCCAACUCGAAUCGAACUCGGAUCAAACCAGUUCGGUGACUCGGUUACUUUGAUAUUGAUGUUCCUCACCAAGUGUUUGAUGCAAUGACUCUCAACGAAGUGUCUGCUGGUGGCAAGGAAGGUAUGUAUAUGAAACAAAUAUCCUUUUUUUUUUUUUCUUGAUUUUAAUGUUGCCUACAAGGUGUUUGAUGAAAUACCUGUAAAACUGUUGCUGCUCUUUUACAUACAGUGAGAAUUUGAAGGUGCAGUUCAUGUGUUUGUGAAAAUGCCGCACAAGCGAACUUGGCUUGAACUGGCCUGAGCUGCUGACUGAACCGAGCCGAGCUGGCCAGUUAGGCUCGAGAACCGAGCCGAGCCGAGUCGAGUUGUGCCAAGCUCGACUCGUGUACACCUCUACUUGUAGUCUUGGUUUCUGCUAGCUUUUUUUUUUUCCCAGUUAGCUUGUUAGUACACCCCCACUGUCAGGUCACACUUCAGUGUUAGCCACCCCCACAAGGGAUUCGAUACCAUGACCUCAGUGUUGAAACGAGGUAUCUUCACUCAGUCUGCCACUUGAGCUAUGGAUCAGGGUGAGGUUUCUGCUAGCUUGUAAUUGAAAGGUCCCCUUCAUGGUUACUCUUGUAAUAUGUUUUCUCUUUCUGUAUCAAUUUCCUCUGACCAAUGUUUACAAAUGUUGCAGAGGCACCUGAACCAAUGGAAAUAGAAUUCAUGUACCAAAUCAUUGUAUUGUUUUUUCUCUUGACCAUUCAAUUUCUUUGAUACAAUGUUCCUGCUCCUCCAAUAUAUGUUUAUUUAUUUAUUUUGUUCUUUUUGUUAGCAGAGAUACUUGUUGGAUUCUUUUGAUUACACAACUAGCUCAAAGUAUUUGUUAGAGUUAGAGUUAGAACCUA